ACUCUGGAUAUGUGCUGUUCAGGCAGUAGGUCAGGUUACUAGCAUUUAUGUUCAGAGAAAUUCUGCCUACCCUGUUUCUAAUUUUGAGAGAGAGCGAGCAAGAGGAAGAAGUUGAACUUAUGCUGUGUUUUACAGCAGCGUACUGUACUAUUUGAGUGUGUAUCUCCAGCUGCGUGGGUGAAAAGGCUGACUUGCACAAGUCAGGGGGAUCAUUGGAUGCAAUCACUUUUCUUUCUAAUUCCACGAGCUAAACUUCUAUAAAGAAUAGACUAACUUUAUCCUGAGCGCUACAAUUGCUGAUGGGACACAGCAAGAAUCCUCUAUGCAGGUUAUUUUAAGCAAUGAAUAGACAAAGGUGUACUUUUCACAUCAGCAUUAGAUUAACAGGGUGGUCUAUCAAUUUGUAGAGAACAAAGCUGAACAUUUGGAAAAACAAUAAUGAUGACCCACUUGCAACCUUUGCUCCAACAAGUUAAAGUUUCACCAAUUAACUGUACCACAGAACAAACUCUUGGCUCUGCCUAGUGAGAGCAUAUUACCACUCCAAUCCCAGAUCUUGUGUCAUCUCCUCCCGACACCAUGGGAAAAGGCUUCUAUGUCAGCAAGCUCGUUGCCUUUGUUGCCAUAUUUUUCGCUAUAGCUGCUGUGGCUACAAUCAUUGCACUAUCUGUAGCUUAUGCUAAAGAAAAAGCCAUCAAUAAUAAACUAGAAAACGGGGGAUCAACAACUGAAAUCAUCCCCAGUGCUUCCUCCAGUACAUUGAAACCUACCACUCCUGCAUCAACAGAACCUUGGGACAGCUACCGGCUUCCAAAGACUCUAAUACCUGACCAUUAUGAUGUUGAUCUCAGACCGGUCUUGGAGAAGGACAAUCGGGGACUCUAUGUCUUUCAUGGAAAAAGUGUUGCACAUUUCAAAUGUGAGAUUUCCACCAAUCUUGUUAUUAUCCACAGCAAAAAACUUAAUUAUACCAAUAAUGUUGUGCUCCAGGAUGAUACAGGUAGAGACAUCACCAUAAAUCGAGAGCAGCUGGUGGAGAAGACCACUUACCUGGUGCUGCAUCUUGCUGAGAGUCUGCAAAGUGGUAAAACAUAUCGGCUUUACACCGAAUUUAUUGGGGAACUGGCAGAUGAUCUGGCAGGAUUCUACCGCAGUGAAUACGUGGAAGAUGGUGUAACCAAACUCAUCGCCACCACCCACAUGCAAGCCCCUGACGCAAGGAAGGCAUUCCCAUGCUUUGAUGAGCCAGCAAUGAAAGCAACUUUCAACAUCACCCUCAGAUAUAGACCCAACUAUGUGGCACUCUCCAAUAUGGAUUCUAUCAGAGUUACUCCAGAAACAUGGGAAGGAGAGGAAUGGCAGGUCACAGAAUUCAAUAAAACUCCAAAAAUGUCCACCUACCUGGUGGCCUUCAUAGUCUCAGAGUUCAGAUCGGUUGGCGAUGAGAAGGUUAAAAUCUGGGGACGUAAAAAAGCUAUUGAAGAUCAAAAGCAAGCAGAAUAUGCGCUGAAUGUUUCAAAGCCAAUUCUGGAAUUUUUUGAGAAAUAUUAUAGGGUUCCUUACCCUCUGCCAAAAUCAGACCAGGUCGCUUUGCCUGACUUCGGUGCUGGAGCCAUGGAGAACUGGGGGCUGGUGACAUACAGAGAAACGGCUCUUUUCUGGGAUCAAAGAGAAUCUUCCAUCGGGAACAAGGAGAGAGUUGUCACAGUGAUUGCUCAUGAACUUGCUCAUCAGUGGUUUGGAAACCUUGUAACAAUACGAUGGUGGAAUGAUCUUUGGCUGAAUGAAGGUUUUGCCUCUUAUGUAGAAUAUCUUGGUGCUGAUUUUGCAGAACCCACCUGGAACAUAAAAGACCUAAUAGUACCCUAUGAGGUACACAGAGUGAUGGCAGUUGAUGCCUUGGCCUCUUCCCACCCUCUUACAUCAAAGGAAGAAGAAGUUAACACCCCGCCAGAAAUAAGUGAACUUUUUGAUUCCAUUGCUUAUAGUAAGGGUGCAUCGGUUAUUAGAAUGUUGUCCUCGUUUCUCACUGAAGAGCUUUUUGUAGAAGGACUGGCUAGCUAUUUGGAAGCUUUCAAAUUUGCCAAUACUAUAUAUGCUGACCUAUGGGAUCACCUGCAGAUGGCUGUAGAUAACCAAAACAACAUAACACUUCCUGAUUCUGUUAAAAACAUCAUGGAUACCUGGGUCUUGCAGAUGGGUUUCCCGGUGGUAACAGUAGACACAGUGUCAGGUUCUUUAGACCAGAAGCAUUUCCUUCUAGAUCCAGAAUCAAUCGUCACUCGUCAAUCACCAUUUAACUAUACCUGGAAAGUACCUAUUUCAUAUCUUAAAAGUGGUGGACAUAGAGGAAAUUUGUGGCUUCAACAGCGUUUAGACAGAAAUGAUGUAUUUAGAGUAUCUGGAAAUGACUGGAUUCUGGUUAACCUUAAUGUCACCGGAUACUACAGGGUUAACUAUGAUGACAGAAAUUGGGACAGACUCCUCCAUCAGCUGAACAAUGACAUAUCAGCAAUACCUCUCAUCAACCGUGCUCAGAUCAUCAAUGAUGCCUUUAAUUUAGCCAGAGCUAAACAUGUAAGCACAACAAGAGCACUUGACACCACCAAAUUCCUAUCCAAAGAGGUUGAGUACAUGCCUUGGCAGGCAGCCCUGGGUAGUCUCAGCUACUUUGUACAGAUGUUUGAUCGUACCGAAGUGUACGGGCCAAUGAAGGCCUACAUGAGACAGCAAGUUGCACCAUUGUUUUUGUAUUUUAAGAACAAGACGAAUAACUUUACUGAAAGAAUGACAACUUUAACAGAGCAAUACGCUGAAAUAAUUGCAGUCAGUACAGCCUGCGCCUAUGGCAUCACAGAAUGUAGAGAACUAGCAACUCAGCAAUUCAGGAAUUGGAUGGAAACAAAUGUGAAUAAAAUUCAUCCAAACCUGAGAUACACUAUUUACUGCAAUGCAAUAGCAAGAGGGGGAGAAGAAGAGUGGAACUUUGCAUGGCAAGAAUUUAAAAAGACAGAUAAUGCACAGGAAGCAGAUAAACUGAGAACAAGUCUGGCCUGCAGCAAGGAACCCUGGAUCCUUAACAGACUAUUAGAGUAUGCAACGGAUACCACAAAAAUUCGUAGACAAGACUCUAUUUCCACAAUUCUUAAUGUUGCCGGGAAUUCGGUUGGCCAGAGUCUUGCCUGGGACUUUAUUAGAAGCCAUUGGAAGACAUUCCGUGAAAAGUUUGGAAGCUCUUCAUUCUCUUUUGGUUACCUUAUUUCAGGAGUUUCCAGGAGAUUUUCAACUGAUUUUGACCUGCAGCAGCUUGAACAAUUUAAGAAGGAUAAUGAAGCAGUAGGUUUUGGCUCAGGUACACGAGCUCUGGAGCAAUCAAUAGAGAAGACCAAGACAAACAUUAAAUGGGUAAAUGAAAACAAAAAGCUUGUUAAGGAUUGGUUUGAAAGCACGGUCGUAAAGCCAUAGAAGACGAGCAUAUACCACGCUACCUGAUACUUGUGAAGAUCAAGUCUACCAGCCACACGUGCCUCCUACAAGGACUGCUUGCCACUCUCAACAGUUUAUGAAGCUGCAAUGGCUUUGUGGUUAGCACUUCUGCCUUGCAGAACAGGGGUCCCUGUUUCUUAAACCCAAUCAAGACACUAUCUGCAUGGAGUUUGCAUGUUCUCCCUGUGCUUGUGUGGGCUUCCUCUGGGUACGCCGGUUUCCUCCCACACUCUAAAGACAUGCUGUUAGGUUAAUUUGCCCUGGUAGGUGGGGUAGGGCCCCUGUAAGCUCCUUGAGGGCAAGGAAUUAAGUGAAUGUAGAAUGUAAAGUGCUGCAAAAGCUGAUAGGACUAUAUAAAUACCUGUAAUUAAGUAAGGAAGUGGUUGUACGAGGACAAAUACAAGAUCUAAUCUUAUGUUAGCUUCCUUUUCUAUGCUUUGUUUCUAAGGCGACUGAGAAACAUUAAUUUCAAACUUUCUACGCACAUAUGGCAAGGAAUUUUUAUCGCUCAGGGUUUAAACAGUAUGAUUAUUUCAUAUGGAAAAAUAUUCUGCUCCCACUGACAUUAAUCUAUAUCAUAAGCAAAUCAGGGGGUCAAUUGGCAUGAAAUAUACAGAGCCUUGAAAAAAAUCCAUACCCCUUGAAAUUUUCCACAUUUUGUCAUGUUACAACCAAAAAAGUAAAUGU